AUGAAUGUAAGGAGUAGUGUUUAUAGUAGCUUUCAUUGGUAUAGGGCAGACUAGGCUAAGUCGUCUUGUGUAUUGUUUUAUUUAGAUGGAUUCCAGUGACAAAGCCUCUUCUGAGACAAUGAUGCAUUGUUUUCCAUCAUGGCUCACUGAUAAUUGCUCAGAUAGCCAUUUGUGGCUCAGCACAAGUGUUAAUUAGGCUAAGUAGCCAGCCUACAGUACUUGCGUGUAGCCUGUUGUGCCUCUAGUUAUUUUUGUUGUCUCCAAUUUAAUUAAAUUUUUUAUUUCACCUUUAUUUAACCAGGUAAACCAGUUGAGAACAAGUUCUCAUUUACAACUGCGACCUGGCCAAGAUAAAGCAAAGCAGUGCGAUAAAAAAACAACAACACAGAGUUACAUAUGGGGUAAACAAAACAUAAAGUCAAAGAAUACAACAGAAAAUAUAUAUACAGUGUGUGCAAAUGUAGCAAGUUAUGGAGGUAAGGCAAUACAUAGGCCAUAGUGCAAAAAUAAUUACAAUUUAGUAAAAUAAUUACAAUUUAGUAUUAACACUGGAAUGAUAGAUGUGCAAGAGAUUAUGUGCAAAUAGUGAUACUGGGGUGCAAAUGAGCAAAAUAAAAAACAAUAUGGGGAUGAGGUAGUUGGGUGGGCUAAUUUCAGAUGGGCUGUGUACAGGUGCAGUGAUCGGUAAGGUGCUCUGACAACUGAUGCUUAAAGUUAGUGAGGGAGAUAAGUCUCCAGCUUCAGAGAUUUUUGCAGUUCGUUCCAGUCAUUGGCAGCAGAGAACUGGAAGGAAUGGCGGCCAAAGGAGGUGUUGGCUUUGGGGAUGACUAGUGAGAUAUACCUGCUGGAGCGCAUACUACGGGUGGGUGUUGCUAUGGUGACCAAUGAGCUAAGAUAAGGCAGGGAUUUGCCUAGCAGUGAUUUAUAGAUGACCUGGAGCCAGUGGGUUUGGCGACGAAUAUGUAGUGAGGACCAGCCAACAAGAGCGUACAGGUUACAGUGGUGAGUAGUAUAUGGGGCUUUGGUGACAAAACGGAUGGCACUGUGAUAGACUACAUCCAGUUUGCUGAGUAGAGUGUUAGAGGCUAUUUUGUAAAUGACAUCGCCGAAGUCAAGUAUCGGUAGAGCAUCCCUCUAUCUCCCAUGAGAGAGCAUCCCUCUAUCCUCACUGCUUGCUCGCACACUGGUUAUAUCAGUCUGUGUAAGCUAGUGGAAAAACAACCAUCUAGAGAUGUUGGAGUUGUACCAGGCAAGUAACACAAUAGCUAACACAGUGUUUGUCAAAAGCUUUUAUCCCUCAUAAAUGGUGAUUUGGUGUGGGGAAAUUAGCUGAGGUACUACUGUCAUUUCACUGUCAAUCACUGGACCUUAACACCGGAUCUAGCUAGCCGCAACCGAAUGGAUGUCAAAUGGAUGUUGCUGUAGGCUAAUCACCACUGCCCCUGUAGCACCAGUUAGCCUUGAGCUAGCCCCGGCUAUCUACCUCUCUGUCUACCGGACGGGAGUAGCCAGCUAACCAGCUAACUAGCUACUUGCUAUUAGCCACCGUUAGCGGCUUUUUCUCCAUUGUCCGUGGCCUGCACAACCUACCAGCCAGCUCUAGCCUGGACUAUUAUCGGCCAGUCUGCACAGCGAGUUAUCGACCCAGAACCUAUCGGAUUUUCUGCCGGAAUCACUGAAUCACUGGACCUUUAACACUGGAUAAUCGCAACUAGCUAGCUGCAACCAAAUGAACGUUGUUGUUGGCUAAUCAGCCUUGAGCUAGCCUUGAGUCAAGCACAUCUCCCGGCUAUCUACCUCUCUGUCGACCGGACGGGACCUCCUAGAGUUGACACAGAGCCCUGCCGAUCCAUCACGACUGGUCUGCCGACGUAAUCGUCUGUGGUUUCAACAGGCUUCCCGUUGCGACGACCAUGAAGAUCCAUCUGCUAGCCCCGGCCCGCUAGCACACGCAAACUACAACCGUGCUUCCUGCUCGCUGUGCUGAAGCACCAAUUUGAACUGCUCUCGGACUCACAUAUUGCUGUUCACUGGACCUUAUGAUCACUCAGCUGCACAGCUGAUGCCUGCUGGACUGUUCCUUUACAUGGUACCCUGUCCUGUUUAUUCUGUUUAGCCUCAGCCCAAACUUUAUCGCCAUUACCAGUUGUUGUCUUAGCUCUCUCUAAUAACACCUGUGAUUGCUUUAUGCCUCUCUCCCAUGCCUUGCCUAUUGCUGUUCCAGUUAGUUGUUAUUAUACAAUUUCACUGUAGAACCCCAAGUCCCUCUCAAACUGCCUGAAAUAGUUUUUGUUCCACCCCCCAUACACGCGGAGACCGGCUCAAUCGGUGCCUCCAGUGAUGCUAUCUCUUUCAUUGUUACCCAACGCUUAGGUUUACCUCCACUGUACUCAUAUCCUUCCAUAUCCUUGUCUGUACAUAAUGCCCUGAAUCUUUUCUACAACGCCCGGAAAUCUGCCCCCUUUAUUCUCUGUACCCAACGCACUACAAGACCAGUUCUUAAAGCCUUUAGCCGUGUCCUUAUUCUAGUCCUCCUCUGUUCCUCUGGUGAUGUAGAGGCUAACCCAGGCCCUGCAGCCCCCAGUAUCACUCCUACUCCCCAGGAGCUAUCAUUUGUUGACUUCUGCAACCGUAAAAGCCUUGGUUUUCUGCACGUUAUCAUCAGAAGUGUCCUUCCUAAGUUUGAGUUAUUCACUGCGUUAGCACACUCUGCCAACCCUGAUGUUCUAGCAGUCUGAAUCCUGGCUUAGGAAGGCCACCAAAAAUUCUGAAAUGUCCAUCCCCAACUACAACAUCUUCCGUCUAGAUAGAACUGCCAAAGGGGGUGGAGUUGCAAUCUACUGUAGAGAGCCUGCAGAGCUCUAUCAUACUAUCCAGGUCUGUGCCCAAACAGUUUGAGCUUCUACUUCUAAAAAUCCACCUUUCCAGAAAUGUCUCUCACUGUUGCUGCUUGCUACAGACCCCCCUCAGCCCCCAGCUGUGCCCUGGACACCAUAUGUGAAUUGUUUGCCCCCCAUUUAUCCUCAGAGUUCGUACUGCUUGGUGACCUAUAUUGGGAUAUGCUUAACACCCCGGCCAUCCUACAAUCCAAAUUAUCAACGAACCUACCAGGUACAACCCUAAAUCCGUAAACAUGGGUACCCUCAUAGAUAUCAUCCUGACUAACUUACCCUCUAAAUACACCUCCGCUGUCUUCAACCAGGAUCUCAGCGAUCACUGCCUUAUUGCCUGCGUCUGUAACGGGUCCGCGGUCAAACGACCACCCCUCAUCACUGUCAAAUGCUCCCUAAAACACUUUAGCAAGCAGGCCUUCCUAAUUGACCUGGCCCAGGUAUCCUGGAUGGAUAUCGAUCUCAUUCCGUCAGUAGAGGAUGCCUGGUUGUUCUUUAAAAGUAAUUUCCUCUGAAUCUUAAAUAAACAUGCCCCAUUCAAAAAAUACAGAACUAAGAACAGAUAUAGCCCCUGGUUCUCCUCAGACUUGACUGCCCUUGAUCAGCACAAAAACAUCCUGUGGCGUACUGCAUUAGCAUCAAAUAGCCCCUGCGAUAUGCAACUUUUCAGGGAAGUUAGGAACCAAUAUACACAAGCAGUUAGGAAAGCAAAGGCUAACUUUUUCAAACAGAAAUGUGCAUCCUGUAGCACUAACUCCAAAAUGUUUUGGGACACUGUAAAGUCCAUGGAGAAUAAGAGCACCUCCUCCCAGCUGCCCACUGCACUGAGGCUAGGAAACACUAUCACCACCGAUAAAUCUACAAUAAUCAAGAAUUGUGGUCCUCUGUAGCUCAGCUGGUAGAGCACGGCGCUUGUAACGCCAAGGUAGUGGGUUCGAUCCCCGGGACCACCCAUACACAAAAAAAAAAAAAUGUAUGCACGCAUGACUGUAAGUCGCUUUGGAUAAAAGCGUCUGCUAAAUGGCAUAUUAUUAUUAUUAUUAUUAUAUUAUUAUUAUUAUAAGAAUUUCAACAAGCAUUUUGCUAAGGCUGGCCAUGCUUUCCACCUGGAUACCACUACCCCGGCCACCAGCUCUGCACCCUCCGCUGCAACUAGAGUUCAAUGUGUCAAAUCGGAGGGCCUGUUGUCUGGACCUAUGGCAGUCUCUAUGGGGGUGCCACAGGGUUCAAUUCUUGGGCCGACUCGUUUCUCCGUGUAUAUCAAUAAUGUUGCUCUUGCUGCUGGUGACUCUCAGAUCCACCUCUACGCAGACGACACCAUUUUGUAUACAUCUGGCCCUUCAUUGGACACUGUGUUAACAAACCUCCAAACGAGCUUCAAUGCCAUACAACACUCCUUCAGUAGCCUCCAACUGCUCUUAAACACUAGUAAAACUAAAUGCAUGCUCUUCAAUCGAACGCUGCUGGCACCCGCCCACCUGACUAGAAUCACUACUCUUGACGGGUCUGACCUAGAGUAUGUGGACAACUACAAAUACCUAGGUGUCUGGUUAGACUGUAAACUCUCCUUCCAGACUCACAUUAAGAAUCUCCAAUCCAAAGUUAAAUCUAGAAUCGGCUUCCUAUUUCGCAACAAAGCCUCCUUCACUCAUGCUGCCAAACAUGCCCUCGUAAAACUGACUAUCCUACCGAUCCUUGACUUCGGCGAAAUAUGAUGUAGUCUAUCACAGUGCCAUCCGUUUUGUCACCAAAGCCCCAUAUACUACCCACCACUGUGACCUGUACACUCUUGUUGGCUGGUCCUCACUACAUAUUCGUCGCAAAAUCCACUGGCUCCAGGCCAUCAAAUAAAUCACUGCUGGGCAAAUCCCCGCCUUAUCUUAGCUCAUUGGUCACCAUAGCAACACCCACCCGUAGUAUGCGCUCCAGCAGGUAUAUCUCACUGGUCAUCCCCAAAGCCAACACCUCCUUUGGCCGCCAUUCCUUCCAGUUCUCUGCAGCCAAUGACUGGAACGAAUUGCAAAAAUCUCUGAAGCUGGAGACUCACUUAUCUCCCUCACUAACUUUAAGCAUCAGUUGUCAGAGCACCUUACCGAUCACUGCACCUGUACACAGCCCAUCUGAAAUUAGCCCACCCAACUACCUCAUCCCCAUAUUGUUAUUUAUUUUGCUCAUUUGCACCCCAGUAUCUCUAUUUGCACGUAAUCUCUUGCACAUCUAUCAUUCCAGUGUUAAAACUAAUUGUAAUUAUUUUGCACUAUAGCCUAUUUAUUGCCUUACCUCCAUAACUUGCUACAUUUGCACACACUGUAUAUAUAUUUUCUGUUGAAUUUUUGACUUUAUGUUUUGUUUUACCCCAUAUGUAACUCUGUGUUGUUUUUAUCGCACUGCUUUGCUUUAUCUUGGCCAGGUCGCGGUUGUAAAUGAGAACGUGUUCUCAACUGGCUUACCUGGUUAAAUAAAGGAGAAAUAAAAUAAAAUAAAAAUGUGAAUUGACCCUUCGCUAAGCCCUGCCCCCCUUGGUUACUGUUGCAAGCUCAGACAACAUUUUCCCAGGAAGCCACAUUCCUUGUUGUAACCACUUGCGAAUUCCCCUUUUUUAAUACACAAUGAAAUUAAGCACUGACUACCCCUUGCUAUUCAGGAAACUCUGGGGUAUGUUGUGGUGGACUGUCAUUACAAUUGCUUCAAGGAAACCUGGUAAAAUUAUGUUUGUAGUGUAGCUAGCCACUGAAUGGCUCUGAAUGCACUGUGCAUGCAGUCAAAGCUACUAACCACUUUUGUAGCUAAUAAGUGCUCUGAAAUCGUUUGCUGAUGUCGACAGCAGAUUAGUUAUAUUCCUAAUAUAGCCAAUUUAGCUAGCUAACAUACAUUUUCAGAAAACAAGUUAUAUUAAGUGGCUAGCUAGCGUUAGCAACAUUUGGUAGUCAAUGAGACUGAAAGCUAGCUAACCAGUUGAGCUAACAAACAAUGUAACAAAAGUAUAAUUUUGGAUUCCAAAAAUAAGCCAACAGGUUCUGCAAUUCAGGAAUCACAGUGGCAAGUACCCCUGGUAUACUUUUCAAUUAUUUAGCCAUUUAAACAAUUACUUUUUUUACCCACUGCCCUCACUGGCUUUCAUGCGUUUCUAACGUGAGGUUGUCCGAGGUGUCAGACUCGACGACAGUUGCUAUCCAUUGGAGUGCUGCGAUUGGUUGCUCAAAAUUCCAGGGCCAGGCUUAGCAAAGGGUCAAUUGAGAGAUGUUAAAUUGCUUUUGAGUGCUUUUUUCCUCUCUCCUUUGUAGAAGUGGAAGCAGCUGUCUCGGCUGCAGCGCAGUCUCAUCCUCUUCCUGCUGGCUCUGCUGCUGAUAUGUGGAUUGCUCUCCUACCCCAGCUUCUCAGAGCAAUGGAGAGGUAGGCCUUCUUCCCCACACUCACUGGCUGUUAGUCUUUUGUAUUUGUAUGCUGCUUUUGAUGUUUCACAGCAGGCUCCUGUGCUGUGUAUUGAUGUCUGUAUUGUCAUUUGUGUGUGUGUGCACUCAGGCAUGUCAGACAGGGCGGUAAGGGAGGACUGGGAUGAAGACUGGGAAAGAGGCCUGAAACCCAUCCCUCCAGGGGUAAACCCUGUGGCUGGCCCAGCUGUAGGUCCGGCUGUGGGCCUGGCCGGUGGAGCGGUCGGCCCAGAGUUGGGUCCAGCUGUGGGUCCAGGACUCAUACCAGAGGUCAUUCCAGAACCCCAGAGACCAAAGGUCAUACCCAAACCCCCAGCCAAGGUCAGGACCAGUCUGGCUAUUGCACUAUACUUAACCACUUUGAUUGGUUUUAUGUUUAAUAAAACUUAACAACCAUUCAAGUGAUUCUGGGUCCAAGAAUAGACAGUGAAGGAACUGUUUUGGCUGUCCUUCAGCGCCUUUGUCAGAACUUGCUGUAAUCUAUUCUAAUUAACUGUGUUUACCUAUGUAGAAGAGACCAUUCCCCAACAAGAGAGGACCUCCAAGCCUGCAGAAGGAGGGGAACGUAUCAGAUUCACUGGUAAAACCAGCUGAGAAAGAGCCAGUGGAGAAAGAGCCAGUGGAGAAAGCUGAAGAGGAGGAGGGAGAGAAGCCUCUUGUCAGGUAAAACCCUAUUGUCAAGCGUAACCACAUUUGAUAUUGAAUUCAACUCUUUUGACCAAUAUGUAUCGUUCUGCGGUAAUACUGUUAUUGCUAUUUAUUUACAGCUCCAUGUCUUUUAGAACUUGUGUUAUAUGUGUUACAUACACGUAGCUGGCGAGGAGCCAUGAUCGAGGCGGACGAGGCUACAGAACCCCCACCCUCUGCCCAUGAGAAGGAUGGCGCUGUGCCUCCUGUGCCAGUCAACCCUGAGGACACAGCCCCACUGGCACCAGGUAAGUCUCUGCCACACGCACCAUCUCACAACCUCAACCAUACCGCACACCCACUCCAGAGCUUGACCAGUUGUGGUGUCUUUGGCUUCAGAAAUAUACAUGUUUUUGUGUGUGUGUGCUUGAGAGCAUGUGUUUACUGUGUGUAGUUUCAGUGAAGCCUGUGGACAGGCUUGAGACAGUGCGAGAGGCCUUUAGGCAUGCGUGGAAGGGCUAUAAGGAGUUUGCCUGGGGUCAUGAUGAGCUCAAGCCUGUGUCUAAGUCCUACGGGGAGUGGUUUGGCCUGGGCCUGACUCUCAUUGACGCUCUGGACACCAUGUGGAUCUUGGGACUGAAAGAAGGUAGCUAGGCCUAACACAAACACACACACCCCGCUCUCUCUUUACUAAUUGCUUCUCUCUAUUUGCUGCUGUGUAACAGAACCCAAGGCUGAAUUUCUCUCUGUCUCUCGCUCGCUUGCUUGCCUGCUUGCUUGCUCGCUCACAGAGUUUGAGGAGGCGAGGAAGUGGGUGGAGACUGAGUUGUCAUUCUCUAAGAAUGUGGACGUGAACCUGUUUGAGAGCACCAUCCGGAUCCUGGGAGGCCUGCUAAGCACCUACCACCUGACUGGCGAUGAGAUGUUCCUUGAGAAGGCUGUGAGUGACAUGGGAAGGAAGGCUAGGACAGAUUGGGUGACUAGAAUAUGGUCUCUACUUCUUUCUCUACCUCCAUCUCUUGUUUCAACCUUUCAAUCCCUCUAUUCACUGGUCCUUGUGUCUUCUGACUGACACACACCCUGAGUGUACACAUUAUUUUUUUUGGAGGGUAGAUCAGCUUAAUAUUGCAGAUAGAUUGUAACUUCCAUCAAUGUAAUUGUCUGCAUCACUUCCAAUCCCCCAUGUUUUUUAUAUAUAUAUAUAUUGAUGUAACUUGUUAAAUCCACUUCAAUCAGUGUAGAUGAAGGGAAGGAGACGGGUUUAAAAUUAAAAUAAAAAAUUAAAAUAUGAUUUUUAAGCCUUGAGACAUCGAUAGUGUAUGUGUGCCAUUCAGAUGGUGAAUGGGCAAGACAAAAUAUUUAGUUGAUUUUGAACGGGGUAUGGUAGAAGGUGCCAGGCGCACCAGUUUGAGUGUGUCAAGAACUGCAACGCUGGUGGGUUUUUCAGGCUCAACAGUUUCCCAUGUGUAUCAAGACUGGUCCACCACCCAAAGGACAUCCAGCCAACUUGACACAACUAUGGGACGCAUUGGAGUCAACAUGGGCCAGCAUCCCUGUGGAACGCUUUCGACACCUUGUAGAGUCCAUGCCUCAACGAAUUGAGACUGUUCUGAGGGCAAAAGGGGGUACAACUCAAUAUUAGGAAGAUGUUCCUAAUGUUUUGUAUACUCUGUGUACAUCAGAGCAGGAAAAAUGCUCUUCUCUUCCCACAUCGGAAUGCCAUAUGCAAAACAAACUAAAUUCAAUUUUUUUAUAAAAAUUUUUCUAAGCAAAUCACCCGCCUAAAUUCAAACAUGCACAUUCUCAACCAAUGUUCAAAUUCUUCUUUGUAAAUGAAUCACUGAAAACCUCAAAUUGUAUCUACAAACUUAGUACGUUUCAUUGCCUGAGGUUAUGAUAAAUCAAUGGAAAGCAUCUUGAUUCGGAGCCAAUUUUGGAAAAUAAUCAGAAUAAUUAAUGAGUCAGAAAAGUACUUAAUUCAAUUAGCUAAUUUACUAAUCAGUGCUAAUGAGGAUUGAUCCCUAUGUUCUCAUCUUUCCUUCCCUUGUGCUUGUAGAAAGACAUUGGCUUGAGGUUGAUGCCUGCGUUCAAAACCCCCUCCAAGAUCCCCUUCUCUGAUGUGAACAUUGGGAAGGGCACAGCCCACCCCCCUCGCUGGACGUCCGACAGCACUCUGGCCGAGGUCACCAGUGUCCAGCUGGAGUUCAGAGAGCUCAGCCGCCUCACCCAGGACCCGCAGUACCAGGUGAGGCCAGAGAGGGGAGCUCUAUGGAUCAUGUCAUGUGUGUUCUGGGUGUAGACUACUGCGGUUCAAAAGUUCAAGUCAACUAGGCAGACAUAUUGUGCGUUUGUAUUUUUUUACAGACGAUGAUCUCCGUUAUGCCAUUAUGUGUCAACGGAUGACUCCCAUUGAAAAGCCAUUGUCUCAAUAUGUAAUUUUUGGACACAAUCUUUGUCUGGACGCAUAGGUUGAAAUUUGAGGAGUUUAACUCAUUAUUGCAUAGGUUUGAAUUUGAGAAGGUUUUCCGUUGCAAAACGUUUUUCUACAGUGCGCUCUAAUGAAUAUGACCCAAGUCUUUAUCAACCUGCCUGUGCGUCCCUAGGAGGUGGUGAAUGAGGUGAUGAGGCUGGUUCAUAAGCUGCCAGGGAAGCAUGACGGCCUGGUGCCCAUGUUCAUCAACACCAACAGUGGCCAGUUCACCCACAAAGGAGUGUUCACCCUGGGGGCCCGGGCUGACAGCUACUAUGAGUACCUGCUCAAACAGUGGAUCCAGGGAGGCAAGACGGAACCAGAGUAAGCACAUUUCUAUCAAUUUUGCCUUUACGAUAAUAAUGAAUAAGAUGGCAUGGACACGGAGGACCUGAUCCUCGAUCAGCACACCUACUCGAGAUGCUUUAUGAAUACAGGCCCAGAUCACAUAUGAUUAGAUUAGAGUGCUUUGAGGAGACUUGUCUUGCAGGAUUACAGAUAAACAAAUAGAGAUUUAUGGGUGUGUUGUUCAGUCUGUUGGAGGACUACCUGGAGGCAAUAGAAGGGGUCAAGAAGCACCUGCUGAGAACCACAGGCCCCAGAAAGCUGACCUUCGUAGGGGAGCUCAACCACAAUCGCUUCAAUCCCAAGAUGGUGAGAGACUACACAACAUCCAUACCAAUACAUUUACAUUUUAGUCAUUAAGCAGACGCUCUUAUCCAGAGCAUACAUGUAUUUUUUAUUUUUUCAUACUGGCCCCCCGUGGGAAUCAAACCCACAACCCUGGCGUUGCAAGCGCCAUGCUCUACCAAUUGAGCUACAUUGUAUGUACUACUUUACAUGUUUACAGUAAAUACUCUCGCUCUAUUCCUCACUGUCUUCCCCCCUCUCUCUCGCUGUCUGUCUCUCUGCCCCCGUCCCUCUCUCUCUCUCUCAAUCUGCCCCCCUCUCUCUCAGGACCACCUGGUGUGUUUCCUGCCUGGCACUCUGGCGCUGGGUGCCCACAAUGGGCUGCCGGAGGAUCACAUGGAGCUGGCCCUGCAGCUGAUGGAGACGUGCCACCAGAUGUACGUCCAGAUGGAGACGGGCCUGAGCCCCGAGAUCGCCCACUUCAACCUGCAGCCCUACGACGGGCGAGACGUCAACGUCAAGGUGGGUUCUACAGGAAGAAUACUGAGAGCAUCCCAGAUGGCAUCGGGAAUAGGGAGCAACUUAGGACACAGACAAUAUGUGUCUGUGAGAUCUAGAUGUAUUUGGCUCCUACUGUACGUCUUUCAAUCCUUGUUUACUUUGAUGCGUAUCUUAUUUCUCUGUCUCGCACUAAUCCUUAUCUAGAGAUGUUGAGUAGCAGAGUGACAGGAGUCAAGUGUGGCUCUACGGUGUAAUAAAGCUGAAAACCUCUCAGAUAUUUGUUUUCUCCUCACUGCUGGAAUUAACACUCAACUUGCUUUCCAAAUACGGCUCGUCAGUUCUUAAGGUCAUUUAAUUAUGAUUUAGGAGGGACUGCUACAGCAUAUAAACAUCUCCAAUCAAAGCAUAGAAAGAUGUGUUCGAAUUCACUUUACUAUUGAUGUUUAUGGUUGAGUCUCAAAUGGCACCCUAUUCUCUAAAAGUAGUGCGCUAUAUAGGGAAUGGGGUGUAAUUCGGGAUGCACCCAAUGUGAGUUUGCAUGUCUUUUCUCCCCCAGCCUGCAGACAGACACAACCUCCUGAGACCGGAGACAGUGGAGAGUCUGUUCUACCUGUACAGGUUCACUAAGGACACCAAAUACAGAGACUGGGGCUGGGACAUUCUAGAGAGCUUCAACAAAUAUACCAGGGUGAGUCCAAUGUCUUACUGUACAUCAGAUAGCACAACGACUCCACCUUCACUGAUCUGUUAUGUCUGAUAACUCGCAAACAUUUAUUGAAUAGAUCAAAAGUUGUUUGGCAACGAUGUUACUACGGUGACUGUCUAAUGAACCCACUAACAGUCAAAUUAAUAUUUUAAAAAACUAUAACCCUGUGGUAAAUGUUGACGUUUUCUUCCUGGGCAAGUCUUAAUUACCCAAUUCUACACCUAGCUAAGGAGUUUUGUGGUUGAAGAAGCACUAUUUAUGAAGUUCGAAAUGUGCAUGAAAAUUAUAGCUAGAUAGCUUGUUUGUUAGCUGAGCCAAUCCCACUGGCUGCAUUAUGAAAUAAGCUACAUUCUGAGAACAGUCCCAUCAUUUCGUGGAGUAUGACUUUAUCAGGAAGCUGGCUACCUAGCUACCGUAAACAAGUUAAAACGUUUAUGUCUGUAAGCUGUGUGCUAACUACAACAAGUUUGAUCACCUGAUUGACUGGUGGUGUAUGGUUUCUGCCAGCUAGUGCAUCUGCCAUCUGUUUCAUACCGUGUCAAUGCGAGAACGCAGUCAUUUAAAAAACCCAGGUCCUACUUUCAUGCAGAUGCAGAGGAAUCUUUAUUAUAAGAAAAUUAGUUUCACGUGUUGCAUGACAGAUAGCACAUGGCAGCACAGUUGCAUUAGAAAGACGCCAUCUGUAGGAAGACAAUGGGGUGAGUUUACCUGAAUUUCUCAAUGAACAUUAUCAUCUUGAGCUUUAAUACCAAGCUGCCUUCUCAAGGGAUCCGGCUUGACUCACUGUGGUGUGGUGGUGGUGCACAGUCAAAGACAGACUUGUAAAUGGGGUUUCAUGUGGAGGAGUUUGGGUUUCCUGUGACACACUCACUGCUUCCCCUCAUGCUCUGCUUCCUCUCCAGGUGCCAAGUGGAGGCUACACCUCCAUCAGUAACGUGCGCGACCCCGUGAACCCGGGUCCUAGGGACAAGAUGGAGAGCUUCUUCCUGGGGGAGACACUCAAGUACUUCUACCUGCUGUUUUCAGACGACCUGGAGCUGCUCAGCCUGGACAAGUACGUGUUCAACACAGAGGCCCACCCACUACCCAUCUGGAAAUCGCCUCCUGUCUGA